CACAGGUCCUCCUCCAUCUAAAGCCAACUUCCAUAUGCCAGUAGUCUGCAUGAACAAACUUUCAACCUGCAUUUAAGAAGACCCCAAGGAUUAACAGGCAUUAAUUAUCUUACUCUAAAUGCAAGUUAGUGAUUUUGUUUUAGAAAACCCCGUCUAGAUCACUAAUUGAUGGAUUCCCAUUAAUACACCUGUAUUUGCAUUUCAGCGGUAAAAAGACAAGCAGGGUUUUCGGCACAGAAGAGAGCCGCUUUGCCAAGUCUUUUCAAAAUGUCAAUAUGCUUCAAGUAGUACCACAGCUGAGAUAUUCCUCUUGAUUUCCAAACUGUCUAGGUGGCCUGGGUGGUUUUCUGCCGGCAGCAGCCUCCUACCUUUAGUUUGUGUGCCUAUAUCCAUGAGGGGGGAUUAAUUAGCCGGGUUGGAGCUGAAGGAGGCUGUCGUGACGAGCCCAGUGGCGAUUGGCCGCCCGCCUGCCUGGCCCUGCCUUUAUAAUUUCCACACGAGUGCAUCUGGGCUCUUAGACAAAUCAACAGCAGCUUCUUCUGACAUAUACACACGCACACUCAUCCCGGACACACUCUCAGCACACUUUUCCUCCAUUUGAUUAACAGUGCUGCACACACAAUGAUUACGGGAAAGCGUAAAUAAAUACGGAAAGGGGUGCUUAUUUUGACUACUGGAAGAGCUUUGCUGGGUCUCAGCGCAACUUUUUUUUUUUUUUUUUUAUUCCUGAGAAGGUGAUCUCUCCAUGCGGUUCUCUCACACAAGGAUUCUUUAAAAGAGGAAGAGAGACAAGGAGAGGGGGGAGAACAGUCUUUCACUUUAAGAACGGCUGGGCUCAAAGAUAAAAGGAAGGGAAAAGCAGCAGCAGCAGCAGGGAAACCAACGCUGCAGCACUUCCGAGAGGCAUUUUUGAUCCAUUUCUGAGCGCUGCGGCCCGUUUCUCCACCGAAGUUGGCUCCAGCUCUAGCAGCCGCAUUGGAUCCCACAGCUUACUGCGAGACUCCGGUGUACAAUCCGGAUCUCUGCCCCAACAUGAUUGCGGCCCAGGCCAAGCUUGUCUACCAUCUGAAUAAAUACUACAACGAAAAAUGCCAAGCCAGGAAAGCUGCCAUUGCCAAAACUAUCCGGGAAGUCUGCAAAGUAGUUUCCGACGUACUGAAGGAAGUGGAAGUGCAGGAGCCGCGGUUCAUCAGCUCUCUCAACGAGAUGGACAAUCGCUACGAGGGCCUUGAGGUCAUCUCCCCCACGGAAUUUGAAGUGGUGCUUUAUCUCAACCAAAUGGGGGUGUUCAACUUCGUGGACGAUGGCUCACUGCCCGGCUGCGCGGUGCUGAAGUUGAGCGACGGGCGCAAGAGAAGCAUGUCCCUCUGGGUGGAAUUCAUUACCGCCUCCGGCUACCUCUCGGCGCGCAAAAUCCGGUCCAGGUUUCAGACGCUGGUGGCUCAAGCGGUAGACAAAUGUAGCUACAGGGAUGUGGUAAAGAUGGUGGCAGACACCAGCGAAGUGAAACUGAGAAUCCGAGAUAGGUACGUGGUGCAGAUCACGCCGGCUUUUAAAUGCACCGGGAUCUGGCCGAGGAGUGCUGCCCACUGGCCACUUCCCCACAUCCCCUGGCCGGGACCCAACCGGGUGGCGGAGGUGAAGGCGGAAGGUUUCAAUCUCUUGUCCAAGGAGUGCCACUCCCUGGCCGGCAAGCAGAGCUCGGCGGAGAGCGACGCCUGGGUGCUGCAGUUCGCGGAGGCAGAGAACAGACUGCAGAUGGGGGGCUGCAGAAAGAAGUGCCUCUCCAUCCUCAAAACCUUAAGGGAUCGUCACCUUGAACUGCCUGGCCAGCCCUUGAACAAUUACCACAUGAAGACUCUGGUUUCCUACGAGUGUGAAAAGCAUCCCCGGGAGUCGGACUGGGACGAGUCUUGCCUGGGUGAUCGGCUGAACGGGAUUUUGCUGCAACUUAUCUCCUGCCUGCAGUGCCGGCGGUGUCCCCACUACUUUCUACCGAACUUAGAUCUGUUUCAAGGCAAACCUCACUCAGCUCUGGAAAACGCUGCCAAACAAACGUGGCGACUGGCAAGAGAGAUCCUGACCAACCCGAAAAGUUUGGAAAAACUUUAGAGGAUGAGUUAAUCAAGAGCCGAAAUUAUUACCCUUCUCAAAGUCCUUAUUAAGUGUAAACUUCUGUUCAAUUCCUAAUAUUCCACUCCGCAGUGUAAACAAUCUCUUCCUUUAAAAAGGAGUAAUAAUACAAUAUUUAGACAUCAUCUCACCCACCCCCACAAGGGGAGAAAAAGUAGGGGAAGCGGAUGGAGAAAAACCCAAAGCCACUAGUAUUAGAAGACUUCUUGCCACACGAUUUCCUAUCUCCCUUGAAAAGUACACCGUAACACUCCGUAAACAGCCCGGUUGUAAUGCAAGACCGCGACGAACACUCCGCCUAACUAUCAAAGGAUUAUUGCAAUCCUGGUGAUUUAGGUGCAUCUGCCUGUGAGUAAACACGAUUUGGAUAUGCCAUCUGAAAGAAACUGUAAUGUAUAUUUUGAUUUGCAACAAAUAUUGUGAUCUCACAUUGUCUUUGAAAGUGUGGAUGUUGGUGUUUGUGAUUUGGUGAACAGAACUUAAAUUGCCAUUCUCGAUACUUCCAGACAUUUUCCACUAACAAAGUUAUCAUUUAAAGGUAGAUUUCCUCCUGGUACUUUCCUCUGUCUUUGAAAGUGUCUGAACUUUAAAAAGUUUACAUUUUGUUUCAAAUAUUGCUUGUUCUAUUUCUAACAUUCCAUAAAUAUACUUGAAAUGUUAUUUAAAUAUAUUCAAAGAAAUUUGAAUUCAGCUUAUAUAAUAACGCUUGAAUAUCUGAAUUAUAUAUUUGAAAAAUGCACUUGAAAUACACUGGAUAAUUACUUUUGUGAUUUAGAUUUUAAUUUGUUGCUGGUUUUUAUUUAAUUAGAUGCUAAUAAAUGAAGUAAAAUAAAAGUUGUCGUGUCUCACUUUAAAUUGUUUCCUAUCAAAAGAUGUAAUGCUGCAUUUUGAAAAUCAAACCCACUUGAAUAUCUUAAACAUUUUGAGAAAUAUGCUAAUGAAAUCCUUAAAAAUAAAACAUUGGAGAAAAGCUCUUUCUGUAUAGGUAUAUAAGAUAACGAUCUACUCUCAGUCUCUAACUUACUUGUAAGACAAUUCCUUUCUACAACAGACACAAUUUAAAUCUACCUUUGAAAGCUUGCUCUUCUUGUAGCAUUUUUGAUAAUAUAAGAAAAAAAGUCUAUCAUGACAGUAGAGAUGACUGACUUAUUUUAAAAACUGCAUUUGGAGCUGGAA